AUGAGCGCAGUGAACUUGUUCCAGUCGUUGGUGUUGGGCAUCUUGUUUCUGCCGCUUUCUGCAUCUAACGGUCAGACACUGAAGUGCCAUGAAGUGCGCUCAACCUUCCAGUUUCUGUACCCGGGCACCAAGUGGGCUCCAGAAACACCUGUCUCAGGCUCAGAUCUGCAGGUGUGCCAUUCGAAGGGUCUUACGUGCUGCUCCCGCAAGAUGGAAGAGAGAUACCUUCUCACUGCCAAACAGAACAUGGAGUCCAACCUGCAGGCCAGUACCGCCCAGCUCAAACUUCUUAUCAUCCAGAACGCCGCCCUCUUUCAAGAGGCCUUCGAAAUGGUGUUGCGCUUGGGUCGUAACUCCACCCUCACCCUGCUCAGAGAGGAGUUUCCAGGCCUGGGUGGUGCAGGCAACGGCGCCGUCACACAGCUCUUCCUGGACAUGUCCCUCUACAUCCUGGGCUCAGACACCAACGUAGACGACAUGGUGACCUCCUUUUACUCCCGGCUUUUUCUCUUCGCCUACCGACGCCUCCUGGGAAACGGGGCGACAGCAGGCGUCUCAGAUGAGUGUCUAAAUAAAGUGUGGCACAAGGCCUCUGCGUUCGGCUCCUACCCCAAACUGAUGAUGACGCGGCUCUCGCGUUCACUGCUGGCCACGCGUCUCUUUCUCCAGGCGCUUAACCUGGGUAUAGAAGUGGUCAACACCACACAGCAUCUGAAGGCGGGGAGGGAAUGCGGCCGGGCCCUGCUCCGCCUGUGGUACUGCCCACUGUGCCAGGGGCUGUUAGAGGCACGGCCGUGCAAGGCAAACUGCCUAAGCACCAUGGGCACGUGUCUUGCAGGGGCGGCUGAGGUGCAGCCACACUGGCACGCGUAUGUGGAGGGGCUGGGCACCUUGGCAGCCACUAUGAGAGGAGAGCAUGACAUCGAGGCGGUGGUGCUCAGGCUGCAUGUCGUUGUCCGGAUGGCUCUCAGGCACAUUGUGGGGACUAAAAGCAGAAUAAAUGCACAGGUCAGCAGUGUGUGUUCACGCAAACCCAAGCGAGUGGCUCGUGCACUGAUGGCUCCGGUGGAACCGGCACUCGUCUUACAGCCCGUCAACUUUGAUCCAGACGAGACUCUGUCUGAACGACGCAGAGAGUUUAUCCAGAGUCUGAGAGGAUUCAGUGUUUUCUAUGCUAAUCUAGGAGAGGCUCUGUGCAGCCGAGAGCCAGCGACACUCAACGGCUCCCUCUGCUGGAAUGGGCAGGAAAUGACAGACAAGUUUCCAAAUCCAGGGCUGAAGAGAAACCCCCCACAUGGCUCAGACUCCAAGCAGAAGCACCCCGAGCCAGUCGUUAGCCAGAUCAUCGACAAACUCAAACACAUCAACCAGCUGUUACGAGUGGUGACAUUACCGGAGAAGCGAUGGAGGGCUCGUCCAGGAGGGGCAACUGCAAAAAGAGAUCCGAGCAGACAGGACCAAGUCAUGGAGGAUGAAGAAGGUCUGGAGAGUGGCGACUGUGAUGAUGAAGAUGAAUGCACUGGAGUUUCAGGACUCGGGCCGCCCCCACGACGCAAACGUUUACGUGUCUUUGCAGAUCUGGCAGAUAAUUUGGCGAUGGACGACUUGACCUUUCACGAGCUGCUCCUGACCCCAAGACUUGCUGCAGACACACACAACAUAGCAUCUGUACCUGGAGCUGCACAGCGCUUUUCCAUUUCUGUCCGUAUCUUCUUGCUGUCUAUUAUUCUGUUUCUGUCUGGACUUCAGUGA